AUGGUAUCAGAGGCGUGUAAAAGACACAAAGACAGAAAAUAUGACCGUUGGUGUCUGUCUUGUGAAAAUCCACUUUGUGUCAAGUGUAACGAACACCAAGAACAUGAAACACACGAUAUAGAUCCAUGUUGCGUGGUGUGCAGAGAAGAGAGCAAUAUCAGUAUUAUUCACCUCCGAGGAAAUAUCCAACAGAAAGAGAUAGGGAAAAGGCAAGUAAGAAAUGACUUUCUCCUGGAAAUUAUGCUCGAAAUUGAUAUGUUUCACGAAUCUAUAAUUGUGACAGACAUGUUAGAGAUCGAUGAAGAUGACAAUUGGAUUCGUCAUAUUUCCCUUGGAUUACCAAACACAAUCUGGAUAAGUGAUAAAAAUAGCUUAAUCUUGAUAGAUACAACUGGUGACACUCUGGAUCAGCUGGCAGUUACAGAUAUUGGAACGGGUGUACAUACAGUGACCAACGAAAAAGAACUUAUUUACAUUAAUGAAAAUGAGAACAUCUGCAAAUUAUCAAAAGACAACACAACCGAAUCAACAAUUAUAUUAAAAUCAGAUCCAUGGAGGCCUCUCUGUGUCUACAGCUCCACUUUAAAUGGAGAUCUAUUGGUUGGAUCUGGUAAAUAUGAGAAAGACAAUCAAACAGAAUCCAAAAUAAACCAGCAUUUUCCUACGGAGGCCAGAGUAAACCGAUACGAUAGCAAAAUGUUAAAGAUCCAAACUAUCCAAUACAAAAGGCGUAAAAAGAAAAUGUAUAAGUGUCCUGCAUAUAUAACAGAAAACAGUAACGGAGAUGUUAUUGUGUCCGAUAAAAGAUCUUCGCAUAGUGAUGAUAAUGGUGUUGUCGUCGUAACGGACCGUCAGGGAAUCUUUCGGUUCUCCUACAACGGACCUCCAUUCGAGAGCCAAUCAUUUUUUCCUUGUGGGAUUUGCACAGACGGACUAUCAAACAUUGUGGUGUGUGAUCACAACUCAGGCACCGUUCAAUUGAUUAACAAAGAUGGACAUUUUCUUAUGUAUCUCUUGACUUCCCCAGACAUCAUGCCACCAUGGAGUCUUGCCUAUGAUGAAAUUAACCACCGUUUAUUGGUUGAAUCAAGUAUAUGUGAAAUAUUCUUAUACAGAUACAUUAACAGGAAGGAUUACUAUUAA